GAGGAGACGGAGCCGGUGGAUUAACUGGUGUAGUGUAGAGACCAUGCCGACCGUCAGUGUGAAACGGGAUCUUCUGUUCCAGGCUUUGGGCCAAACAUUCACUGAUGAAGAGUUUGACGAGCUGUGUUUCGAGUUCGGCCUCGAGCUGGACGAGAUUACAUCGGAGAAGGACAUGAUCAGUCGUGAGCAGGGUGACCAGCGGGCAGAGGGUGCGUCUGAUGUUGUGCUGUAUAAGAUCGAUGUGCCAGCUAACCGCUAUGACCUGCUCUGUCUGGAGGGACUGGUCAGAGGACUGCAGGUCUUCAAGGAGAAGCUGGAAGCCCCACGUUACAGACGUGUGAGUCCAGUGAGCGGUGAACCACAGAAACUGAUCAUCACUGAAGAGACGGCGUCAGUCAGACCGUUCGCCGUGGCCGCUGUGUUACGGAACAUCACCUUCGACCAGGAACGCUACGAAAGUUUCAUCGAACUCCAGGAGAAACUCCAUCAGAACAUAUGCAGGAAGAGGACCUUGGUUGCCAUAGGAACCCAUGACCUGGACACCAUCUCUGGACCAUUCACCUACACAGCCAAACCGCCCGGUGACAUUCGCUUCAAACCGCUGAAUCAGAGCAAAGAGUACACUGCUACGGAACUCAUGAGCCUCUAUAAGGGUGACAGUCACCUGAAACAGUAUCUUCACAUUAUUGAAGAUCAACCAGUUUAUCCCAUUAUUUAUGACAGCAAUGGCGUUGUCCUCUCCAUGCCUCCAAUCAUUAACGGGGACCACAGUAAAAUCUCCACAAACACAAAGAACGUCUUCAUCGAGUGCACCGCCACAGACCUCACUAAGGCUAAGAUUGUGUUGGACAUGAUGGUUACAAUGUUUAGCGAGUAUUGUGAAGAGCCCUUCACGGUGGAGGAAGCAGAGGUUGUUUAUCCUGACGGGAGCUCCCACCUGCUCCCUGAGCUGGCCUACUGGACAGAGACGCUAAAGGGAGAAUAUAUUAACCGUCGAAUUGGCAUCAAUGAGUCUGCAGAGAGCCUGGCUAAGCUCUUGACCCGUAUGUGUCUGAAGUCAGAGGUCACGGGGGAGGGCGAUGAGAUCAAGGUGGAGAUCCCGCCCACUCGCUCUGAUGUCAUCCACGCGUGUGACAUCAUGGAGGAUGCAGCCAUGGCAUAUGGUUUUAACAACAUCGUCAGGACCACGCCCCGCACCUACACAGUAGCCAAUCAGCUCCCUCUGAAUAAACUCACUGAGUUGCUGAGGACAGAUUUGGCCGCUGCUGGGUUUACUGAAGCCCUCACAUUCGCACUGUGUUCUCGGGAGGAUAUUGCUGAUAAACUGGGAAAGAACAUCUCAGAGACCAGGGCAGUGCACAUCUCCAACCCAAAGACUGCAGAAUUCCAGGUGGCGAGGACCACUCUGCUCUCAGGUCUGCUGAAGACUGUGGCAUCAAACAGGAAGAUGCCUCUCCCACUCAAACUUUUCGAAAUCUCUGACAUAGUACUCAAGGAUGACACCAGAGAUGUCGGAGCCCGGAAUAACAGGCGCCUGUGUGCGGUGUACUACAACAAAAGCCCAGGGUUUGAGGUGAUUCACGGCCUGCUGGACAGGAUCAUGCAGCUCCUGGAGGUCAAGCAAGGGCGCGAAAACGGUUACCACAUCCGGGCCGCGGAGGGUGACACCUUCUUUCCUGGCCGCUGCGCAGAGAUCUUCGCACACGGGAAAAGCAUCGGGCACCUUGGGGUCCUUCAUCCUGACGUCAUCACCCGCUUCGAACUGACCAUGCCCUGCUCCGCCCUGGACAUGGACAUCGAGCCUUUCCUGUAACCACACGUCAGCAGCAUAAACCACUCCAACCUCACAUCAGGAACCGCCCAUAUCGCCCUGCCCGUGUGUGUCUGGCCACACCCACUCUACUUAUAUCCAUACUGAGGGAUGUAAAGAUGUCAUAAUGCACUAUUUUUCACAUUAACUAUGGAGGAAUACAUUCUGUGAAAACAUUAUAGGGCUCCUUUAUGAAGUAUCCAACCCGCGGAGAGCUGAGAGCUCCGAUCGAUUCUAAUGAACCCGAACAUUCUAUCGGUUACCAUGGAAAGGUUCCAUAGCCUACAUUAUGACAUCACUGCACUCUCCUUCCUUUCAUUCUAUUGGUCAGUAGCAGGUUCUCUAAUUUUGCUGGCCCCAGACAGUGGUCCUGAUAAUUGCCUGUGGAUAAUGAACCAUAAUAGGAACCACAGGACUAUGUGUGUGUAUCGUCAUAGAGCACGAUUAUGUUUUACAUCUCAGACAA